AUGUUGCAAUUACAAGAGCUAGAGGAAAUUCGUAAUGUUGCUUAUGAGAACUCUAAGAUUUAUAAAGAAAAGACCAAGACCUUUCAUGAUCAAAAUAGAAUUAUUCAGAAAACGUUUGAUGCAGGACAAAGAGUAUUAUUGUAUCAUUCUCUUCUUAAACUAUUUCGAGAUAAGUUGAAAUCUCGAUGGGUUAGACCUUUCAUAGUGGUACACCAUUAUCCUCAUGGAGCGGUAGAAAUUACAAGUCCAUCAACGGGAAAACUACUCAAGGUUAAUGGGCAGAGAUUGAAGCCUUAUUAUGAGUCUUUCGAGGAGGAACAAGCUACUAUGAUUCACCUCUUCAAUCUGAAAUAUAUUGAUGAAGUAUGA